GUUGCUUUCGUAUUCCCCUCUCUUACAGCUCGGAGCGACGCACACGUAUAGUACCCAGAGGAGAUGUGUGGUUCGAAAGAACGAGGGUUUUAAAAAAAAAAAAAAAAAGUGGGUCUACCAGAGACAUGUCUCGAAACUUCACGCUCGGAGCCUGCGAGAGCGUCAACCUGGACUUCACGCACUCCUUCCUGCCGCCAGUCUUCGUCACCGUGUUCAUCGUCGGGACGCUGUCCAACAUCUGGGGGCUGCGCAGCGUGUGUAACGGCUGGAGCAAGAUCGGGAGCAUCAACGUGUUCAUGUUGAACCUGGGGGUGGCUGACCUGCUGUACCUGUCCACCCUGCCGUUCCUCGUGCACUACUACGCGAGCAGCAGCCGCUGGCAGUUCGGCCAACCUUUCUGCAAGGUGACGCGCUUCUGCUUCAACCUCAACCUGUACGGCAGCAUCGGCUUCCUCACCUGCAUCAGCGUCUACAGGUACCUGGGUAUCGUGCACCCCAUGUGGGUGAUGGGCAAAAUCACCAGCCGCCACUCGCUGGCCGUCAGCGCCCUGGUCUGGACGCUCGUCAUCACCCAGAUCCUGCCCGACGUGUUCUUCGACAAGAACGACCCGGGCUCGCCCAACUCCUGCUACGACACCACGUCCAACGCGCUGAUCCAAGGCUACCUGCCGUACAGCAUCGGGUGGACCGUGACGGGCUUCGCGGUGCCGCUGGUCAUCAUCCUAGUCUGUUACGGGCACGUGGUCGCAGUUCUCGCCAGGAAAGCCAACGUCAACCCGCUGCUGAAGCAGAGGUGCUUGAAGCUGGUGGUGAUUCUGGUGAUCCUCUUCUCCGUGUGCUUCAUCCCCUACCACGUGUUACGAAACGUCAACCUGACCACCAGGAUUUUGAAACAGAGCGGUGUCUGCCACGCGAGCUUCCGCGACGUCUACAUCGCGCAUCAGGUGAGCAGAUGCCUGGCGUGUCUGAACAGCGCCAUAAACCCGCUCAUUUACAUCGUCGGCAACGACGAGUUCCUCCUAAAGCUCCAUCACCUCAGCAGGCGGGCCCGGCAGUCUCUGGCCGGCUUCACUGGAGCCGUCCUGUACCGCAAACCGACGGAGGUGGACCCGGACUCGCCAUCAGAGACUCGCGUCAAUAACUCCGAGCUGAUGAAAGGAUGAGACGUGCACCGCCAGCACUCCCACAUUGCAGGGAACAAAGGACGAUGAUGACCGAUGAUUAGCUGGAUAUUAAUCUGUCAUAAAUCAUCCGGGUAGCAAGGUGUCAGCUGCGGCGCGGAUGGGCAAACUAGUGCAGGAUGUACUCUGCAGCUGCUGCACAUUAUUAAAGACUGAAGUUGUUAUUUGCGGCUGGAGCUCAUGUUUGCAUCUCAUGUAGAUUUUUUUCAAGUAUUCCACCGUGUUGCUGUUCAUAUUUUUGCACUAUUUGACGUAUUGCUGUACGCUAUGAUUGCUUUGUGCAGGUGAAGUCCCGCUCACGGAUUGUGCUUAAGCACUUGUUUGUAACUCGAGACAUAUGGUACUAUACGUUACCUUUGCGCUGCUACUGGUGAAGCUUUCGAUAUCUCCCGUGUUUUAUGUGACGUGAAGUAACUUUGGAGCAGAGCCACGUGAACAUGUUCCCACAGCUCAUGUCAUUAUAAGACAACAAACACGGAUUCGAUAAGGAACUAAAACAAUGAUGUAAUUGUUAAGAGAAAUAUUCUCAGCCUCAGUGAAAGUACAAAUACUACACUGUAAAAAAGUCCUGUAUUAAGAUGUUUACUUCAAUGAAAUUACAGAAGGAUUAUCAACAAAAUGUACUCAAACACCAGACAUUAAAGUACUCAUUAUGCAGAAUGCCACCUGUCAGAAUUAUUUAUUAUCAGUGGUGUAUAGUAACGAAGUAGAAAUACUUCGUUACUGUACUUAAGUCGUUUUUUUGGAUAUCUGUACUUUACUUUACUAUUUAUAGUUCUGUUGACUUUCACUUUUUACUUCACUACAUUUUGCAAAGAGAACUGAUACAUUUCCCCUGAAACCUUCGUUACUCGCUACAAAAUCAAAUCUAUCUUUAGAAAGAAAAUGAAUCAUGAGACCAACGUCGGUGACUGUGGUGGAACACAGACUGCAAGCAGGUUAGCGAAUCAGUGAUGCCCAGGAUGCCAGCUAGCGAGCGACUACAUGAGUAGAAUUUGAUAGUAGAAUUGAAUACGAUGACUGGUUUCAUGAUGGAAGCAGAAACGGAAGCACCUGCUACUCCCGCAACAAACCACGGUGGAGACGAAGACCAACACCCGUGGCCAUAUCUGCGAGAAAUGUUUUCUUCUGUUGGAGUGAAAGAUUCUUCGUACCGGAUGAAGAGCCUCUUAUGCCCAAAGCUACUGAAAUAUUGGCAUUCAAACACUCCCCAUCCAACCGCAGGAAACACAUUGAGGUAAAUGAAGAUUAAUCCCAUGAGCCGCAACGUUAAUGUUUAGUUAUCAUAAUUAGCAUAAACCUGUUAAGAUAUCUAGCAGUGUUUCCCACAGGGUGGAGUAUAUCUGUGGGGGGGAGACAGGU